AAACGCUCCAUCUUUCCAUAGCCGAAAAAAUGGCAAACAAUUCUCCGGUGAGCCCGCAGCCGAACAUGAUGUGGUGGGCACAAGAAGGCAGCGCCACGAACAACGUCGAUGCGCAGAGGCCCUCCUUCCCCAGUGAGCACACGGUGAGAAGCGACGCCGCCAGCGUGAUCACUUUGCCAGCCCCGGGGAGCGCAGCCCCGAUGACGCCCGUGACUCCCCGCGGGGCAGCGAGGUUCUUGGGCCGGUCGUCCCCAGACGUGCGGAGGAAGAUAGAGAGCGCGUCGCCCAAGACCGCGAGGCAAGUGGCGCUGAGGAUGUACGAGAGCUUGAAGAGGAACGGUUUGAGGAGCGAAGCUGGAAGAGCGUUUGCCGGAGACGUCGGAGGCGACAUGGAAGAGAUCAGAGACGAAGGAGAUGAGAGCGCGAGGAAGAAGUCGGAGGAGCUUAUGGGAAUGGAGUACUUGCUGAAGGAUGGUUUCGUGAGUUAUUUGCGGGACAUGGCCAAGAUCACACCCCCUAUCCCGCAGCAGGUGGUUCGGUUCUUCGGCAUUAGAUAUUCCAGAAACUGCGAAAUCUCCUCGGGAGGCUAUGCAACCUUCGGGAACAAAUUGAUGGGAUGCCUCCUUGGGCCAGUCAAGACUAUACUUCAGAGAAAAAGCUCGAUUUUGAUGCGUGUCCUGGAGGGAGUGGACGGGUACAUCAUGCCGGGCUCGAUGACUCUGUUGCUAGGACCUCCAGGAAGCGGAAAGAGCACCCUCCUAGAAAUCCUGGCAGGCAGAGCUAAAGUAACUCCAAACUCAAGUUUGGAAGGCUCAGUGAUGUACAACGACAAAUCCGUCACUGAUAUAUGCCUUAGCAGAUUCAUUGCGUACGUUAAUGGCCAACUUAACGAACACAUUCCAUUUUUAUCGGUUAGAGAGACACUUGAGUUUGCAAGGGAUUGCACCCAGGGUCUCCGGCCAGAGAACUUCACUCCUCAGAUGAGGAAAUUCUUUGCACAUGCACUUGUGGAAGGACAAGAUCCGUUCCUGGAAUAUGUUUUAGCAAUUCUAAGUUUGAAGGAAGUCGAGCACAAGCUCACCGGAGAAGGCUUCUCCGAUUUUGAUCGCCAGAAGCUCACAACGGCUGAAUUGGCACUCGGAACAUACUCCGUCAUGAUUUAUGACCAACCAUUUUCAAGUUCUGAUCUCACAGCCACCUACGACCUGGUGGACACCCUACGCACCAUCAGCAGAAUUGAGCAAUCAUCUGCAAUUGUGUCGCUGACCCAACUCUCCCAAGGGAUAUUCGAUCUUUUCGACCGAGUUAUACUGCUGAGCAAUGGCCAUGUUCUCUUCCAAGGCACUCGCCAUGACGCCAUCCCAUACUUCACGAAACUCGGGUACAUAAAACCAUUGCUUGUGGAAUCAAAUGAAUUUCUUGAAGACAUAGCAGCUGGAGAUGGGUCCAAGUAUGUGGCACCAGGAGCGACAUCCUUGACUCUAGAGGAGCUUAUUGAGUGCUACAACGCUUCAGAUCACCACAAAGACAUACUGAGGAUUGUGCAUGAAGAUGAGGUAAAGCAUACCUACUGGGUAGAGAGCGAGCCGGGACUUGGGUUGAGUCUCAAGACACCAUCUAAGUACCAUUGCACAGUGGAUGUGCAGCCGAGAAAAGAGACAGAAUUGGUGGUUGCCAAGCUAUCAAGCAAAAUAGGGCAUUCAGGGGGAAUUGAAAGCACCGGAAGAGUUCAGGUCGGGGAUGUGGUGACUGCGAUAUCCAUAAACAACGAUGAGAUGCAAUAUCUCUCAGUUAGACCCCAAAAGAUGCAACAUGAGCGAUCCUCACACGUAUACUCCAUGCUAAAGCAAGCAAGAGGCCAUAUCCGUCUCCAAGUUGAGCGUUACAAAGAAGAGGAAGAUGAGUACCAAGCUCAAUGGAAGCAAUUCCAGAGGCCGUUCGUCCAGACAUGGUGGAAAUCUACUCAAACACUCAUCAAGAGGCAAAUCAAGAUCACGAAGAGGCUACAUGCUUUUAUUAAACUGAGGCUUUUCCAGGCAAUUGUACUGGGCUUAUUUGCGGGAACACUAUUCUACAAGCUUGGCGGCAAUUACAACCAACAGCAGAUGAACUCAGUAAGGGCCCUUGGAUUCGUAUCCACCAUGAGCAUUACGCUCAUAAAUUUGGUGCAGCUUCCUCUGUAUUUGCUCCAGAGGCCAACCUUCUACAAGCACAAGGCUCAGAGAUUUUACAGGGUCUCCUCAUAUGUCAUCGCCCAUUGUGUAGUCAACCUACCGCAGACCCUAAUAGAAGCAACAGCAUAUACAGUUAGUGUCUAUUUCCUGGCUGGGCUAUCAUCAACAGGAAAUGGAGCACCAUUUUUCCAGUAUUUACUGCUCUUAUUCUUGGUCGCGUACUUUGGAUCGUCGGUAUUUUUCUUUCUCAGUGCCAUUUCCGCGAUCCCAGAAGUUGGGAAUGCCCUGGCAGGCCUACUAGUUUCAAUCUUCCUGCUGUUCAGUGGUUUUGUGAUUUACCCAUCCAAUGUGCCGGUAUACUGGAAAUGGCUAGUCCAGGUGAACCCAAUCCACUGGGCCAACGUAUUAUUUUGCAGGAUUCAAUUUCAAAAUGACUAUCAAGAUCCUUGCUCCAGUUACCAAAGCCAGCUUGCCUUCUGCGAUCAAUUCCCUAACAUGACCGUUGGAAAAGUGUACCUCGCAUUCUAUCAGCUAUCUGAAGAUGCCGAAAAGCGCUGGCUACCUUACAUCGUUCUUAUUGGGUGGACUUUCAUCGCCAACUUCCUCGGAUUACUAGGGCUAAAGAGGAUAGAAUUCACAGGACCCAGCCAAUCCUUGCCCUCUAUCAGAUGGUCGCCGACAAUCAGAAACCUUAAAGAGGACAUGGAGAGUGGUUUUCAGUCACUGGAAAGUCCCAAUGGACAAACCGAUAGUUUCAAAGCUUCCAGAUACUCUGGACGACAAAGAUACGGAAAAAUAAGGGACAACGGCGGAGUUGAAAAAUGGAUAGAGGAGUUCAGGGUUGAUAUGGAGAAGAAUGGACCAGGCAUUCCACUAGAGCCAAUAACUCUCCUUUUUGAGGAUCUAUCAUUCAUGAGGUACGAUGAAGACAUGGAAGAGGGUACUUCAAUUUUCAGCAACAUCACGGGUUACGCUAGGCCUAGGAACAUGCUUGCUUUAAUGGGCGGUUCGAAAGGAAGUCAAUCUACUCUUCUGAAAUGCCUGGCUGGGAGGGCACCUUCAAUUGGCAGCCUCAAGGGCAACCUCCAGGCAAAAAGUUGGCAAAAGGGUCCUGCCUAUUCUAGACUUAUUGGCUAUGUAGAGAAGCUCGAUGCACACCAACCUUAUCUAUCAGUGCGUGAGACCCUUCAUUUCAGCGCUGCACUCCGUCUUGGUCAAACAAUCGGUUCUGGGAAUUGUCGCAUCCAUGUGGAGCUAGUCCUUGACCAACUUGAUCUAUUGCCUUACUCAAAUCAACUAGUUGGUUCCCUUGGUGAUGCUACUGGGAAAACAUUUGAGAUAGCCAAAAAGAUAACCAUUGCUGUUGAACUAGCUGCUAAUCCAAGUAUUCUCUUUCUCGAAGAACCGGUAUCAGGACUGGACAGCAGAGGUACGUCAAGUAUCCUCAACAUUCUAUCUCAAGUUUCCAAUUCAGGGCGUGUUAUUGUUGCCACUUUAGCACACCCUAAUGCUCGCACACUUGAUUUCUUCGACUUGGCCCUAAUUUUGACACAUGAAGGGCAGCAAGCAUUCUUUGGCCCAAUCGGACCCGACUGCAGUGACCUGCUAGAUUAUUUCUUAUCAGUUCCAAAAUUUCCCUGGUAUUCCAAAAGAGCGAGUCCAGUUGGUUUUGUCAUGGCAACUCUCGGAUUAGGCAUAAAAAGGAGAGCGGCACCAAUGAUAAAUUUUGCAGAGGCCUACCAAGCUAGUUCCCUGCAUGAAGUGAACAACAGAGAAAUUCGCAGCAUAAAGAGUUUAACUGAGGAUAGGAAUUACAUGGUUUCGUCUUCUGUUUAUCCUGCUCCACACACACUGCAAGCCAUAAUGGUACUGCUCAGAACUCAAAGAUUCCUGUGGAGAAAUGUACAAUACACAUUUGGCAGACUAACUGGGUGCAUCAUGAUUGGUCUUCUCAUGGGUUCCCUAUAUUGGAAGAUUGAAUAUGAGGACGUAUAUGGCCUGACUUCGCGCUCGCUCUAUAUAUAUAUGCAAGCAAUUCUCAUAGGAGUCAUAUCAGCAAAUAAUGUCAUUCCUCAGAUUGGCACAGACAGAUUAGUGUACUUUAGAGAGAAGAGGGCAGGGAUGUACCAUCCUAUCUUUUAUCCACUGUCGUGGGCACUGGCAGAAAUUCCGUACUUCUUCAUUGCAACACUCACAUUAGCAGGAAUCGGGAAUGUUAUGGCUGGAAUUGGAACUGGUUCCAUCCAUGAGUUCAUGAUGUACUGGACUGUGCUCUUUGUGUUCACAAUUUGCAUGACAUACUUCGGAAUGAUGAUCACUUUCCUAGCACCAGUGCCUACACUGGCUGCAUUUGCUGUGUCGAUUGUGACAUCACUUUGGGUUUCGGCUUCUGGAAUAGUCGUUGUGCUAUCAGACAUAAGGUUCUACCGGUGGAUGUAUUGGAGCAACCCUUUCCAAUAUGCUAUGAAUGUGAUGACUUCAAUCAGUUUCUACUGCAACACUAAAGAGUGCGCAUCAGAUUGCAGUUGCCCAAAACUGCCAGACGGUUCUUAUGUAUGGGAUAGGUUGGCUUCGGUGAGAAGUUUGAGCUAUGACAGGACAGGAACCGACAUGGCCAUCUUGUCCGUGAUGUCCCUCUUAUUUGCUUGCCUGGCCUUCCUCUUCUUUGUCGUCCUGAAGCACAACUCGCCCCCUCAAAUGUAG